AUGGCAGGCGGCCACUUGAAAUACCGGCAUCUAAACCGCGACUCCGCACACCGAAAAGCCCUCCUGCGAAACCUAGUCACAUCGCUUUUUGAGCAUGAGGCUAUCCAAACGACAUGGCCUAAGGCCAAGGAGGCACAACGCCUGGCAGAGAAGCUGAUCACAAUGAGCAAGAGGAACACGGAAACGAGCAGGCAGAGGGCGCAGGCAGUGUUUUUUAAACCCGAACUCAACCACAAACUCUUCGGCCCCAUCCGCGAACGCUACCUAAAUCGACCAGGCGGCUACACGCGCGUCCUACGCAUCGAGCCCGCAAAGGAAGACCAAGCCCCCUCCGCCAUCCUUGAGCUCGUCGAUGGACCGCGCGACAUGCGCUUUGCCAUGACAGCGCGGACUCUGGCUCGCAAGCGCUCGGAGGGUGAUAAUAGUAUGAAUGAACUUACGGCUAUGAAUGUGUUGAAGGUUACGAGGUUUAGGCCUGAUGGGGAGAAGUCAUUGGAGAGGGAGGUUGAGAGGAUUCAGAGGGAGCAGAGGAGGAAGAAGGAGGAGGAGGAGGAGAAGGGGGAGGUUGAUUAG